AUGGGUCACUUCCAGCGCGACCUAGAGAAAUCCACUGGACGCAAGUUCGACUCCUUCCAUGAUAUGUAUCUAUAUUCAGUGAAGAACCGUUCGGCAUUCUGGGAAUUCUGCUGGAAAUACUUCCACUUGAUCCACGAGGGCUCCUACACAAAGGUAGUCGAUGAGACUGCUCGAAUGGAUAGCGUGCCCGAAUGGUUCGCCGGUGUACGCCUGAACUUCGCCGAGAAUCUACUCUUCGCGCACAUUGCCGGUGACAAGACUGGCAAGGAAGACGGCAAGAUUGCCGUUAGCGAGGUCCGAGAAGGCGCUGCGCAUGAUGUCGUCCACCUCACCUGGAGUGAGCUCCGGCGACGGACUGGAGUUUUAAUCCAGGCUAUGAAGGCUCAUGGGGUAGUUCGGGGUGAUCGUAUUGCUGUCUGCGCGGCGAAUAGUAUUGAAACACUACUUGUGUUCUUGGCGACAACGGCUCUGGGAGCUAUUUUCUCGUCCAGUUCCACCGAUAUGGGUACUAAGGGUAUUUUGGAUAGGCUGCUUCAGAUCAAGCCUCGCUGGUUGUUCAUCGACGAUUUGGCGGUCUAUAAUGGCAAGACUAUCGACUUGCGAUCGAAGAUUGGGGAGAUUGUUCAAGGCAUGGAAUCUGAGUCUGAGUUUGAGGGAGUCAUCGCACUACCUAGAUUCUCCUCGCGGCCGGCGGAUAUCAGUUCCAUCCCCCAAACUGAAACUCUGACGGAGUGGCUUGCAAAAGCACAUGGCAACGAUAAACUCGAAUUCGAACGAGUUAGAUUCCGUGAUCCUUUCUUGGUGGCUUACUCGUCUGGCACGACAGGACAGCCGAAGUGUAUCGUCCAUUCCGUGGGCGGCGUGCUUCUAAACUCGAGCAAGGAAGGUAGAUUGCAUAGUGGUCUCGGGUCUGACUGCGUCACCUUGCAAUACACGACCACUGGAUGGAUCAUGUAUGUGAGUGCCAUGCAGAGUUUGCUGUUUGGCGUGCGGGUGGUGUUAUACGAUGGAAGCCCAUUUAUUCCAGGUGUCGCUGCUCUGAUUGAUCUUGCAGCGCAGGAGAAGGUGACCCAUCUUGGAAUAUCACCCCGGUGGUUGCAUGAAAUCCAACAGGCAAAGAUCAAGCCCCGUGAGAAAGUCGACCUCAGCUCUUUACGGGUUGUCACAAGCACUGGCAUGGUGCUGCGGGAUGCAUUGUUUGAGUGGUUCUACGACGAAGGGUUCCCACCCCAUACUCGCCUGAAUAAUAUUGCUGGUGGUACUGAUAUCGCAGGAUGCUUUGGAACCGGCAACCCUCUUUCCCCCUUGUAUGUGGGCGGAUGCGCCGGAUGCAGUCUGGGAAUUCCUGUGGAGGUUUACGACUCUACAAUUGAGGGCGGCGACGGAAUUCAGGGUGUACCCGUGAAGGAGGGUGUUGCGGGCGAGUUGGUCGCCACAUCUGCUUUUCCCAACAUGCCCACACUGUUGUGGGGUGACGAGAAUGGAAAGAAGUAUCAUGAUGCGUAUUUUGGGAGAUUCGAUAAUGUAUGGACACAGGGCGACUUCAUUUCGAUCCAUCCAAUCACGAAACAAAUCGUGUUUCACGGACGCGCCGAUGGGGUGCUCAACCCGUCGGGUGUGCGGUUCGGUUCGGCCGAGAUAUAUCGGGUAGUCGAGGGUCAAUUUUCGAAAGAAAUUGGUGAUUCUAUAUGCGUGGGACAGCGACGGCCAACAGAUACGGAUGAGCGCGUGAUACUCUUUCUACUCAUGAAACCAGGGGUAGCGUUCACAUCGGACUUGGUUGCACGAGUGAAGAGCGCGAUUCGUACAGAGCUGAGCCCACGUCAUGUACCGAUGUUCAUGUUCGAAACCCCUGAAAUUCCGACCACGGUCAACCUGAAAAAGGUGGAGCUCCCUGUGAAGCAGAUUGUCUCGGGGAAAACCAUCAAGCCCUCAGGUACACUGCUCAACCCGAAGAGCUUGGAUUUUUACUAUCAAUUCGCCAGAGUGGAAAGUUUGUACGAGAGUAAACUCUGA